GCAUUGCAUAGCUAAUUCCGAAAGGGCACUUGUGUUGGAAAGAAUGGACAGCUCCAUUUUUCGCCUUAUAGUUUCGUCGUGUCUUCUUUUUACUUUCCUGCUGGAAGCUGUUCAUGGCAGCAAAAAGUGUUACAUUGUAUACUUGGGAGCUCAUUCUCAUGGUCCUAGCCCUACCUCUCUUGACCUCGAAAUCGCUACCCAUUCUCAUUAUGAUUUACUAGCUUCAGUCUUGGGAAGUGAGGAGAAAGCGAAAGAAGCAAUUAUUUACUCAUAUAAUAAACACAUCAAUGGCUUGGCUGCGCUACUUGAGGAGGAAGAAGCAGCAGAUAUUGCAAAAAACCCAAAUGUGGUGUCUGUGUUCUUGAGCAAAAAACAUAAACUGCACACAACUCGGUCUUGGGAAUUUCUUGGACUAGACAGAAAUAGUAAGAACUCUGCAUGGCAAAAGGGGAGAUUUGGCGAAAAUACAAUAAUUGGUAACAUCGACACAGGUGUUUGGCCUGAAUCCAAGAGCUUCAGUGAUAAUGGAUUUGGCUCCGUCCCAUCAAAAUGGCGAGGGGGUAACGUUUGUCAAAUUAACAAACUCCCUGGCUCCAAGAGAAAUCCAUGCAACAGGAAGCUGAUUGGAGCAAGAUUCUUUAACAAAGCUUUCGAGGCAUACAAUGGGAAACUUGAUCCAUCUAGCGAAACAGCACGUGAUUUUGUGGGGCAUGGAACCCAUACUCUAUCAACCGCAGGGGGAAAUUUUGUCCCUGGAGCGAGUGUAUUUGCCGUUGGCAAUGGCACUGCAAAGGGUGGGUCACCAAGAGCUAGGGUUGCAGCUUACAAAGUGUGUUGGUCUCCAACUGAUCCUGCAAGUUGUUAUGGCGCUGAUGUGUUAGCUGCUAUUGACCAAGCCAUAGAUGAUGGCGUUGAUAUCAUCAGUCUUUCUGCUGGUGGAAGCUACGUUGUGACUCCAGAAGGAAUAUUCACAGAUGAGGUUUCCAUUGGGGCAUUUCAUGCAAUUGCUAGAAACAGAAUUUUAGUUGCCUCUGCAGGGAAUGAUGGACCCACACCUGGAACUGUUCUCAAUGUGGCUCCUUGGGUCUUUACAAUUGCUGCUAGCACAUUAGACAGAGACUUUAGCAGUAAUUUAACCAUCAACAAUAGGCAAAUUACGGGAGCCAGUCUUUUCGUAAAUUUGCCACCCAAUAAAGCCUUUUCUCUGAUCCUUGCGACUGAUGCUAAGCUUGCUAAUGCGACAUUUCGAGAUGCUGAACUUUGUAGGCCUGGAACACUUGAUCCUAGAAAAGUAAACGGGAAAAUAGUGCGUUGUAUUAGAGAAGGAAAAAUAAAAUCUGUUGCCGAGGGUCAGGAAGCUCUAUCUAAAGGAGCCGUGGCAAUGCUUUUGGGCAAUCAAAAGCAAAAUGGGAGAACCCUUCUUGCAGAGCCUCAUGUUUUGUCUACUGUGGGCACCAGUGAAGCACAUGCAGGGGGACAAGGUGCUUACAUAACUGCCAUUGGGGACGAGGACGGCAUCCCUAUUAAAACGGGUGCUACAAUAAGAAUGUCCCCAGAAAGAACAUUAUUUGGAAGAAAGCCAGCUCCAGUUAUGGCUUCAUUUUCAUCUAGAGGACCCAAUAAGAUUCAACCAUCAAUACUCAAGCCCGAUGUGACUGCGCCUGGUGUGAACAUACUUGCUGCCUAUUCAGAAUUGGCAAGUGCAUCGAACUUGCUAGUAGACAAUCGUCGAGGGUUUAAAUUCAAUGUAUUACAAGGAACUUCUAUGUCUUGUCCUCAUGUUGUUGGUAUUGCUGGACUUAUCAAAACACUUCAUCCUAAUUGGAGUCCUGCAGCUAUUAAAUCAGCAAUCAUGACCACAGCAACCACACGUGACAACACAAAUAGGCCAAUAAAGGAUGCGUUUGAUAAUAAACUUGCAGAUGCCUUUGCAUAUGGUUCAGGACAUGUGCAACCGGACCUUGCGAUAGAUCCGGGACUUGUUUAUGAUCUAAGCGUCGCUGAUUACUUGAACUUUUUGUGUGCUUCCGGAUACGACCAACAACUCAUCUCCGCACUCAAUUUCAAUGGCACAUUCAUUUGUAAAGGGUCUCACAGCGUAACAGACUUGAACUACCCUUCAAUCACAUUACCAAAUCUUGGCCUAAAACCCGUAACCAUUACUCGCACAGUCACGAAUGUUGGACCACCAGCCACAUACACUGCAAAUAUCCACUCGCCAGCUGGAUAUACCAUUGUCGUUGUGCCAAGAUCCUUGACUUUCACGAAAAUUGGUGAAAAGAAGAAAUUCCAAGUUAUUGUGCAGGCAAGCAGUGUAACUACGCGGGGAAAGUAUGAAUUCGGGGAUUUGCGUUGGACAGAUGGAAAGCAUAUAGUAAGGAGUCCUAUUACAGUUAAGCGCAGAUGAAAAUUCCCCAAUGGAUUUGGUUUUUUUGUAUUGUGUGGAUGCAUGUUUAGAUAUAAGCUACUUUGACUCUAUAUAUAUAUAUAGGAUUUCAUGUUAUGACAUGACUGUGUUGUUCCUUGGUUAUUAUGUGGUUGUUUGGUUA